CUCACCGGGCCCCAGAGGAGCAAGUUGUAUUUCUACGCCUGCAAACAAGGCAAGUUCUCAUUGGCGACUGAAGGUGUGACGGCCGGAAGGGAGAAGGAAGGGGCGGGCCAUGCGCUGCGAGUGAGAGGUUGUUCCUAUUUGUGUCUGGUACUGAGAGGUUGUUCGGACGCUGGCCGUGUGGAGCCCGCCUUGCGAAGCACUUGGCCGCGCACGUGUCCAGACGGAGAGCCAUGGAAGAGUUCCUGUCCCCUAAAGACUCUGCCCAGCUCAUAGCCGAGAACAGCCGCGAUGUGUUCAUUGAAGAAGUACAAGUAAGGAAAGUUGCAGAGUUUCUGUUUGACAAAGUCUCAGCGAAAGAGUUCAGCGUGACUGGAUGGAAAGCUCUUCACGAGUUGAACCCUCAAGCAGUGAGUGAUGAUGCAGUGAACUGGGUGUUUCUUGCAGAUACCCUUAACUUUUCCUUUUGGUCUGAACAUGAAGACCGUAAGUGUCUGGUGAAGUACAGAGGCAAGAUGUACAGCGGUUACUGGUCUCUUUGUGCUGCAAUCAACAGAGCACUUGAUGAUGAUGUCCCUAUGCCUUUGAUUGAAGAGAGGCACCGUAUUCUGAAUGAAACUGGGACAAUUCUGCUUGAGAAGUUUGGAGGGUCUUUCGUCACCUGCGUUAAAAUGAGUGAGAAAAGUGCUCAGAAGUUACUGCGUGUAGUAGUAGAGAAUUUUCCUUCUUACAGGGAUGAGGCUACAUUUAAGGGCAAAAAGGUGUCUUUUUAUAAACGGGCACAAAUUCUAGUGGCUGAUACGUGGAGUGUAUUGGAAGGGAAAGGAGAUGGCUGCUUCGGUGACAUUUCUAGUCUGACUAUAUUUGCUGAUUAUCGUAUACCUCAAGUCCUUGUUCACCUGGGAGCAAUGAGAUACUCUGAUGAACUGAUGAGGAAACUCCAUGCAGGAGUAAUGUUCCAGUCUGGAGAUGUACAGGAAGUAGAGAUCCGAGGUUGUUCUAUUUGGUGUUGUGGAUUGAUUUGUGAUCAACUUCUGGAACUCUAUAAGAAGAAGGGACAAAACAUGAGAGAGAAAAUAAAUGCAGUUCUUCUUGAUUAUUAUCUGUGGGACUAUGCCCGGGAUCAUAGGGAAGAUAUGAAAGAAAUUCCAAUUCAUCGUGUACGUUGCAUAUACUACUAAAACCACCAGUUUUGUAGACCUCUCACUGAAGUAUCAUGCAGAUUUGUUACUUCUACCUGUAGCUUUUUAUAUACUGACUUCAAACAUGUAGCUGUAAAUUAAAUAUCUAUUCUCUGAUAAAUUAACACUGUAUCCAUCACUGCAGCUGUGUAUUAUUUCUCCAUUGAGUUCACAUUCAGGUAAGGUCUGAUUUUUGUAAUCAGUAAAGAGUUAUGCUUGGAAUAAAACUGACAUCUGUGUUUAUUU